GAAUGCUGCUCGUCUCCCAUAGCCUGCGUGGUCCAGCUUCCCCUCCCCUCGGGUUUCCGGCGUGCUAGGGCUCGGCCGCGGUGGCGAAGGCGAAAGGGAGCUCGGGGAUGGAGGCGGCCGCCGACGAGGAGCAGGAGGGGAUCUCCGCCCAGUCGCCGGCCCAGGCGCCGCCCUCCUCCGCCUCGUCCCUUCCCAAGGAGCAAUCGCAGGUGGAGCUGGAGCUGCGGGUGCUUCAGGCUCUCGAGUUCUACCCUCCGUCCAAACUGAAAGGCAUUCAUCGUCACUUUGUUAUCUAUGGUCUAAUGGAAUACUUGAGAAAAAGUCUUGAUAGACAAUUCUCUGCUGAUGAAGUUUUACAACUACUGGACCGAUUCUUCAACCUAGAAAUGCUGAAGCCAGAGGACGACGAGAAGGAUAACUUCACUCAAGGAGAAGAAUUUUCCUUACCUGAAAGUUUCUUUAACAAGGACGAAUGAUAGCCCAGUAACCCUGCAGCGCAACAUCCUUCGUAAUUUAACAGAGGGGACUACGAAUCUUAUGAUGUUUCCAAUGAUUCUCUUGCGUAGACAUCUCUUGACGGCACACUUCGAACUGAAAGAACACAUUUUGCUCGGCCGUGUCUUUGUGUUAGUGCUUACUGUGACUUGUACAGCUUCUGUUGACUUAGGAUAUGCAGUCAAUGGUACGGGAUCUCAGUACCCGUUAACUAUCA